UGUGACAAACAACGAUAUUGUUUGUCCAACAAUCACAUCUCCGAAUUGUUUACUCCUGUAGAGAUCGUAAUUUAAAAUUAAUGUCUCGUAAUAACUUUACAGACGGAAAAAAAGAUUCCAUAACAGAUAUUGAGGAGAGAAAAAAUCUUGAUGACGAAAAGAUCUCUCGUAGACAGGAUUUAAUUCUCGAUGAUAAAAUACACGGAAUCGAUUCAGAUAGUAAAAUCGGCGAAUUUUACGAAGCUAUUCGACGUAAUAACGUGGUGCAGGUACGAAGAUUUCUGGAGGAGGGGAUAAAUGCCAAUGAGCAGGAUAUUGCAACGGGAAAAUUGCCGUUGAUCGAAGCAACAAAUUUGGGACACGUGGAAAUCGUCAAGGCUUUAUUAACGGCAUACGCAGAUGUCAAUCGUACCAACAUCCAGGGUAGCACGGCUCUCCACGUGUCUGUUAGCCCGAAAGCUUUCAACAAAGAAAUAGUAAAGUUAUUUCUGGAACGAAGAAGUGCAGAUUACAAUAUACAAGAUACAGCGUCAGCAAGCACACCUCUGCACAUUUUGUGUAAAUUCUGUAUAUCUGCGAAAAAUACUCCCUUGUCGACAUUACACAAUAUACUAAAAGAGAUGGUAACGAGGUGUGAUUUAGAAUUAAAAGAUACGGUGGGUAACACUCCUCUUCAUAUACUAGCUAUGGGAAAAGAAGAAGACCUGGAAGCAGUAGAGAUCGUUCUUUCAGCCAGACCUAAUAUAAACGUAAGAAAUAAUUUAGGAGAAACUCCUGUAGCCAUCUCGAUCGAUCACGGAAACUUUCGCUCGGCUCUGGCUAUGCUAAAAUGCAAAUUAGACACAGAUGCCAGAGAUCGAAACCAAUAUACUUUGCUCCAUUAUGCAGCCAAGAAAAAUGCCAUCGAAGUGAUAAAGAAACUGUUAGAAAAAGGAUGCGAUCCCAAUGCUCAAGAUGCAACCGGUGAUACCGCCUUGCAUGUUACUGCCGGAAGAGGUUUCGUAGAGGCGACGUCUGUCUUACUGAAACAUCCGAAAAUUGACAAAAAUAUGCAGAAUUUUGGGGGUUACACUCCUUUGAUGUGUGCGGUUGAUAGCGGCUUCCCAAAAGUAGUCGAACUGUUAAUGGCAGCCAAAUGUGAUAUAUAUGUCAAGUGCCCAGAGACCAACAAAACAGCCUUGGAUAUUGCCAAAGAACGAAUUAUCAAAAGAAACAGACGAGACGUUUACGAUCUCCUGAUGAAUGAAAAAUAUUAAAAUUCCAAAAUUAUAUAUUUUCAACAGUUGAUUUAUCUUCGGAAAAUAAAUAUGCCUUUCAUCCCGAAAAGUCAAACGAUUUUCAAAAAAGAA